UGUUAUAUUACACCAUUUUUAAUAAAAAAGAUUAAUCAUAAUAUUACAUCCGUAAAAUUACUAUUUAUUAAUUUUUCUUAUUUGUAAAAUAUCCUUCAAGACCACGUUUGAAAGAUUAUACAAUCGUUUGAUGGUCACAUACAAGACGAGGGUUAAUGAUUGUAUUUGCAUGGUCCCACUUACAAUGAAUUCCGUGACUUAAAAGUGAAGAAGGAAAUGUUAAUUAUGCAAAAGAGAUAACAAUAUUAUGAGAGGCUAAUUUCUGAAUUCUGGACAGAGGAACAUCUAAAAAAAGAAACUAAAAUAAUAAUAUUAUGACAUUUUAUUUAUUUUCUACAAUUGAGUAAGAGGAAAAAAAUAACCCUUUUUUUAUUUCUUUUUCGUUUAAAUAUAUUCUAACCUUGGUAAGGACAAAAUCAUUGUAAAAAUAUUAGUUUACCAACACAUGCGGCAACUGAACUAAAAUAAAGGAAAGGGAAGAGUGAUGUCUUGAAAUUUAUGAUUUCUUAUCAACGAAAUUCGCAACCAAGUUUAUGCAUAGUUGAUGUCUUUUUUAGAAGAAAAGUUCGUGAAUUAGAUGUAGGGAGUUUCUUAGGAAUGUAACAGGCCUCAAGACUCAGAGUGGGAUAUGAACUUGUAUCCUAUGGUACAUGAGUCCUAUUCUUAUCCAAAUUCAUUGAGUAAGCUACAUCACCUUGUGCUUGUGCAUCUGUCUUUUGUAUCAGACACAAAAAGUGAAGUUAACAGCUUUCUGUGAGACAGUAUAGUAAUGUUUGGAAUCAACUUUUUUGAGAGAAAGUUCAACAGAAGUUAUGGUUGAGGAAGGAAAGCCAAGGGCAGUGAUUGUUGGUGGUAGCAUAGCAGGAAUAUCAAGUGCACAUGCUCUUACUUUAGCUGGUUGGAAUGUCCUUGUGCUUGAGAAAACCAAUGCACCUCCUUCAGGAAGUCCAACUGGUGCAGGUCUUGGACUUGACCCUCUAUCUCAAUCAAUCAUUCAGUCAUGGCUUCCACAGCCACAACUCCUCAACAACAUCACUGUACCACUAACUAUAGAUCAGAAUCAGGCAACUGAUAGUGAGGUCAGUAGGACAUUGGCAAGAGAUGAGAGUUUCAACUUCAGAGCAGCACAUUGGGCUGAUCUUCAUGGUCUUCUUUACAAUGCACUGCCAUCAAAUAUAAUUUUAUGGGGCCACCUUUUUCUCUCUUUCCAUGUUCAAGAUGAAAAGGGUUUUGUUAUAGUAAAGGCUAAAGUACUAGAAACUGGCAAGGUUGUAGAGAUAGUAGGGGACUUGCUUGUUGCAGCAGAUGGUUGUCUCUCUUCCAUCCGCCACAAAUAUCUCCCUCAUUUUAAACUCAGAUAUUCAGGCUAUUGUGCUUGGAGAGGGGUCUUUGAUUUUUCAGAAUCUGAGACUUCAGAAACCAUCAAGGGCAUGAGAAAGGCCUACCCUGAUUUAGGAAAAUGCUUGUACUCCGACUUGGGCUCAUGUACACACAAUGGUUUCUAUGAGCUUCUAAACAAAAAGCUCAAUUGGAUUUGGUAUGUGAAUCAACCAGAGCCUGAAGUUAAGGGAACCUCAGUGACCAUGAAGGUAAGUAGUGACAUCCAAAAGAUGCAUCAAGAAGCAGAAAAGGUUUGGAUUCCUGAGUUGUUUAAGGUCAUGAAAGAAACACAUGACCCUUUCUUAAAUGUCAUAUAUGAUAGUGAACCCUUGGAAAAGAUAUUUUGGGACAAUGUGGUAUUGGUAGGAGAUGCAGCUCACCCUACAACUCCUCACUGCCUUAGAAGCACAAACAUGUCAAUAUUAGAUGCAGCAGUCUUAGGCAAAUGCCUUGAGAAGUUUGGAGCAGAAAAAGUGAGAUCAGCUUUGGAAGAAUAUCAGUUAAUUAGGCUACCAGUAACUUCAAAGCAAGUUCUUCAUGCAAGGCGUCUAGGUCGUAUAAAACAAGGUUUGGUUGUCCCUGAUAGAGAACCUUUUAACCCCAAAUCAGCCAAGAAAGAGGACUAUGAGGAACUUCUACAAAGGAACACUCCUUUUUUCAAUGAUGUGCCUUUGCUGCUUUCUUCAAUUCUGCCCUCCACAUAGUUUGUUGUGUUUUGCAGUAUUCCAGGCGGCAAGAAGUCUCACAUUGUCUAUUUUUGCCUUUGUUUAUUCGGUUAUAUAUCAACUUGUGAUAUAAGUAUACAAAGUAACUAUUAAUGGUUGUGAGGUUCAUGCACAUUAAUGUAUAUGUAGGACAAGUAUGCAAGCAGUACCUCUAUUUAUCUAUUUAUUUCCUGGUUUUUAACGAUUUCUAAUAUA